AUGCUCGAGGGAAACGCUAGCCAGGAGCCGUAUGAAGCGCUAUAUAUAGCGUCAUUUUUCAUCUCUUGCAUUGCGUCGAAGAACGCUGUUCCACUAGAGGGUGCAGGCGAUAGUUCGAAGAAGACUUUUCGCAUGGUCAAUGGCACGAUUACUCAAAGAUGGGAUAUCGGCUGCUUGGUGUACAUCGAAGCUUAUGAUCAGAGUGUAGUCGGAGUUUACGUUGAAGUGCAAAAUAAGGUCGCUGUCGUCACACUGGCUAGCGCCUUAGUGAGGAGACCAACUGAUUAUGCGAGACUCGAUGAUAUCGAUAUCCUGUUUGGAGCCUACAACCUUAGAAACGAGGAUGAACCGAGGCGCGUGCUCUCCAAAGUCCAAAGCUACACUAUUCAUCCCAGACACCGAUCGGGAGAACUUUCGUACGACAUAGCAGUGAUAUUCAUCGUCACAAAACCAAGUCAAAACGUGGAGAUCAGACCUUGUGUAUUACCUCAUGAAAGACCGACCAGCACGUCACAAUGCCACAUAGCCAGUUGGGGAUAUGAAUAUGAUGGCAGGUCGCCAAACGAUCGCAAACCAAUCAAGACAAUGGGAGUCCAAAUACUGACCAACCAUGCGUUGCCAGGCGGCGAACGGGGCCAUGUAAUUUACGCUAGCCGUACCCAAGUUGGACUCCUGGCAGAGGAGGUGAGUAUCGUUACGCUGGUUAUGUUACUGCUGCGUAGUAACGAAACACUUCUGAGCUCAGGUAAGAUUUGA